CAGUAGGAGAGAGGGAGAGAGGGAGUGUCUGAGAGAGGGAGAGAGGGAGAGAGGGAGUGAGGCAGUUCCACAGGCAGACAAUAGAAGCAGAUUGAUCUCUCUUUCUCCGUCUUGCGCUGUAGUCGGUCCUGUCUACCGGGAGCUGCUCGAGCCUUUCCUGAUUUUUUCCGGUCUAACCACCGCUAAUUCCCCAGUUAGAGCUCGAGGCCUCCACUUGUACAGUUUUCGUAGGUUUUGGGAAAGGAGGGUUUUAUUAAAUCGCGGGUCGUCUGUCUGGGAACAUCGGCUAAACCCAGGGCUACAGCUCAUCUGGAUCAGAACCUCACGACCAGAAGCACCAGGUCUCCGGUAAAACGAUGGAGGACCUGGACCUUCCCCAGAUGAAGAGAGAGGUGGAGAGUCUUCAGUACCAGCUGGCCAUCAACAGAGAGAAAUCAUCCAUCACUGUUACUGAGCUGGUGAAAUGGAUCGAGGGGUGUGUGUGUGACGACCCGUUCCUGAACCCAGAGCUGAUGAGGGCCAACCCCUGGGUGGAGAAAGGCAAAUGUGUGAUCCUCUAACGGACGCACACACGGAUACACACACACACACACCAAGUUAUCCCGUCCUAUUUAUUUGUACAUCCAUGUCUAUGGUUUUAGUUGAAAAUAGUCCCCUUCCUUCCUGUGAGCAGAAUGUCCUGCAUUGAAAGUAGUCCCCUUCCUUCCUGUGAGCAGCAUGUCCUGCAUUGAAAGUUGCCCCCUUCCUUCCUGUGAGCAGCAUGUCCUGCAUUGAAAGUAGCUCCCUUCCUUCCCGUGAGCAGCAUGUCUUGCAUUGAAAGUAGUCCCCUUCCUUCCUGUGAGCAGAAUGUCCUGCAUUGAAAGUACUCCCCUUCCUUCCUGUGAGCAGCAUGUCCUGCAUUGGAUGUAGCUCCCUUCCUUCCUGUGAGCAGCAUGUCCUGCAUUGAAAGUAGUCCCCUUCCUUCCUGUGAGCAGCAUGUCCUGCAUUGAAAGUAGUCCCCUUCCUUCCUGUGAGCAGCAUGUCCUGCAUUGAAAGUAGCUCCCUUCCUUUGUUAAAAGAAACAGAUAGAAGUUUGUUGUUAACUAAAAUCACACUUUUUAUUGGCGUUUUCCCCCCACUGUCAAUCAGAAUACAAAUGUUUUUAUAGGCUUUUUCCAUUGUCAAUCAAACAUAAUAAAGAGGUGGUUUGACA